AUGCUCAGGCAAAUCCAGGCCUCCUGUAGGGGACUGUUCCGACACAACGUUGUACCGCAAUAUACCGCUGUGAGGUACUCCUCUUCGUCCCCGAUUCCCAAUGAGGAUCUUGUACUGGGCGAUCAACAGGAUAUUACUGAUCCUGUAAUGGAAUGGAUUCAAUCGGAAGGGAAUGUUGGGCCCCUGGACAUUGACAGUAUCGUCGAUGUACCUCUACAAGCUCUCCCCAUCGAGAAGAAACCUAUAUACCUCACCAUGUCUAGUCUUCUUGGUCGCUCGAAGUCGGAGCCCAGAUCAUCAACCUUCGCUAUCCCCCUUUCCCAUGAUGUAUUCGGCCAGAAUCUCCGUCGAGAUAUCCUGCAUGCCUGCGUCGUCUAUCAUCUGGAUGGUCUCCGCCAGGGUACAGCGAGCACCAAGACCCGAGCCGAAGUAAGUGGAUCGAACAGGAAAAUUCGCCCUCAAAAGGGGACUGGUCGGGCUCGAUUGGGCGACAUUCGUUCUCCAUCCAUUCGUGGAGGAGGAACCGCAUUUGGUCCCAAACCGCGAGACUUUAAAACACUCCUCCCACGCAAAGUUCGCGAGCUCGGUAUGCGUAUUGCUUUGAGCGCAAAACUACGAGACGGGCAGCUGGGUGCUGUUUCCACUCUCGAAUGGCCUACGCCCAAGACCAAGAGCCUGCGAAUUCGGGUCGAAGAGCUGGGAUGGACAGAUCGCACUCUAUUUGUUACGGGAAAGAGUGAGAUUCCGGAGGCACUCAAUUUAGCCAGCAGGAACAUUCCAACACUCUUAUGCGAGACGGCCUCCAACGCCACAGUGUAUGAUGUCCUACGGUGGAAGCGAGUUAUUCUUGAUAUUGAAGCCAUCGAGUGGUUCGAGCGGGAGCUUGGUCCCCAACAAAAACACGAGUUGAUCGUACCACUAGAAUCUAGGGAUAGUGCAUUAAACUCGCCAACUAGUGAGGCCCCUGCGUCGUAG